AUGACGUCCAAGACUAACGCACGCACAACAUCUCUUGCUGUGAACAACGGCAACAGAGGUGGUCGCCGCGGUAUGUUCACGCGUCGGCCUGGUCACCAGAGACUGCCAGGUCUGUUUGCAGAUGGCAUAUGGCACUGCGACUGCGACUGUAGCCCUCGCCUCCCUGCAGAACAUUUCCAGGUCAGGAAAGAAAGUCCAAACAAAGGCAGAUGGUUCUAUACUUGCCAAAACGGAGAAGGUCGAAAAUGCGGCAUGUUCUUAUGGGACGACGAUGCUCGCCCACGAGAGGCCGCGGCUCUCCUGAACAACUCCAGAACCGAACCCACAAGCACGCUAGCCAAGCCCUUGCCUACUGCACAUUCAUCGCCUCAGAAGAUGCAGGCAUCUCUGGAUAGCACUUCAACACUAAGUAAUCCCAACAGCACUCUGAAGCGACCAUUUUCCGAUGCUGGCCUCAGUGACAACGCUGAUGCUGACCAUGAUUCAUUCCCCUGGUCGUUAUCAAGCCAAGAAGAAGCCGUGCUGCUUGACGCGCCAGAAACACCGCGCAAGGCAGUCAAGAUCGAUGGCCUCACCACACCCGCGACUAGCACGCAUAGGAAAUUGCCAUGGCUAGAUCAAGCUGCCCAAUCACCGUCCGCACUCUCUGCCAAAGCAUCUAUUUCCAAGCACUCUUUUCUGCCACGACUCUCUACGCCAUCAAUUUCGAAUUUGGCUGUCGCACAACACAGCGCCUUGACACCACAUGUCACUCCCAGUCCCUCACGCUUUCGUGAUCCGUCAGCGGAUGCUCCAUCUCCCCGAACCACACUCUCUGUAGAUGUUUUCGCCACUCUGAACAACUCAAGUGUUUCAAUACCAGCUGAUCUGACAUCAAAGCUUCGAGAAGUCUUGACACGUCACGAGCUACGAAUUCAGGGGGUCGUCAAGGGACGCGAAAUCACUCGUCUUGCUCUCAAGGCACGCGAAGCCAAAGUCGUUGAGUUACAGGCUACCAUCGCAAAUCUUGAAGCAGAGAGAAACGUUGAUCAUGCACGUAUUGAAAGACUCGAGUGGGAGAAAGACAUGUUAGUGAGGGACCAAGACUUUGACACAGAGUUGUAA